GUUCAGCAAAAAGUAACCUUACUUUAGCUAUAAAAGCAAACUCUAUUCCUAUCAUAAAUGUUUUUAUUAUUACCACUGAUACCAUCAUGAAAACAAACAUUAGUAUUAUUACUAGCAUCACUACUACUGAAUCAACUACUUAUACUACUAUGGAUACUAUUAAUACUAUUAUUAACAUCAACACUAUCACUUAA